CUUACAAUGCUACAAGAGGAUGCUGUUCGCAAUUUACAAUAUGAUAGUGAAAUUCGUGUGGCCCAACUGAAUCGUGCCGAGCCAAGAGUUUUCGAUGGUCCUGUGAGUAUAACCUCACAACCAAGAGUUUCUAAUCGAAUACCACUACCCAUAUCGACAGUGGAACAAAAUGCCAGAGGUGUCCAAAGUACCUAUAUACCAUUGUCGGGUUAUGAUUUUCUCAAGGAUAUACCCUCAAUAUAUAUUGAACAAACAUUUGAAUUAAAUGAGUCUCUCACCGGUGUCUCAUCGGAAAAUCGUUAUGUUGUACGCUCCGUUGUGGGCGAGGCAUUAUAUGCCGCCUCUGAAUAUUCCACCCAAAGAAAUCGUUUAAUAUUGGGUUCGGCGCGACCCUUUCAUAUGCACCUAAUCGAUAAAACCCAUCAAGAAGCUCUGCUGUUUCAAAGAAAAUUGGCGUUGGGCUUUAUGUGUUGUCAACCGAAAAGUUUGGAGGUUUGGAUACCACCGGGCAAUAUACUUGGUCGCAUUGUACAAUCUCCAACAAUAUUCGCACCUGAAUUCUAUAUUGAAGAUGGGGCGACAGGAAAUCCCAUCUUUUGUAUUGAAGGUCCCAAAAAUUCAGGAUUUUGUUGUUUUUGUUUACCCAAGGAGACAUAUUUUAAAGUACAUUCGGGUGGGGAGUUGCGUGCCUCCAUAGAUCGUAAAUGGAUGAGCGGUAAAUCGCAGUAUACAACAAAUAUCUAUUUCAGUGAUCCGAAAUUGUCGGGAAAGGAGCGUGCUUUGAUAUUGGGUGCAGCAUUUUUGUUGGAAUAUCUAUAUUUUCAAACAAGAUUUUAA